GCGCAGAAAGCGACCGAACGCCAGGGGCCGGGCUUCAGUAAGGGGGCGUGACGCACGUAGUAUGGCGUCCAGCCUCUACGUGCUUCGUCAGUGGAUCAACAGGCUCGGGCAGAGGAUGUCCGCCUUCCAGCUCAACCUGGUCCCGCUCAAGGAGCCGCUGGGCUUCAUCAAGGUCCUGGAGUGGAUUGCUGCCAUUUUCUCUUUUGCCACCUGUGGAGGUUUUAAGGGCAAAACAGAAAUUCUAGUGUCUUGUCCUAAAUUAUCGAAGGAGAAUAAAACUGUUAUAGCUGCUUUCGGUUAUCCAUUCAGGUUGAAUCAGGCAUCAUUUCAGUCAUCUUCAAAUGUGUGUGAUACAGUUUGGAAUAGUCAUGUUCUCGUAGGAGAUUACUCCUCUUCUGCACAAUUCUAUGUUACAUUUGCAGUCUUCGUAUUCUUGUAUUGCAUUGCUGCCCUUCUGCUUUACGUUGGUUACACGAACCUGUACCGGGAUAGUCGUAAACUUCCCAUGAUUGACUUCGUUGUUACUGUCAUUGCCACUUUUUUGUGGUUGGUGAGUACUUCAGCCUGGGCUAAAGCUCUUACAGAUAUUAAAGUAGCUACAGGUCCCAAGAUUGUUCAGGAACUUCUGCCGUGUAAACAGCAAGUACAGUGUCAUUUUGUCUCUGUGACAAGUAUGGGAUCCCUAAAUGUAUCUGUGAUCUUUGGCUUCCUGAAUAUGAUACUGUGGGGAGGAAAUGCUUGGUUUGUGUACAAGGAGACCAGCUUACACAGUCCGUCAAAUCCUUCUGCUUCCCAUGGCCAAGGAGGGGCUGCACCUCCUCCCGGAAUAUAACCCAGAGAGAAAUACACUGAACCAAACUUGUGUCUGUACCAUGACUUGUUGCCAACAUCUUGAGAAGCGUUUUUUUGGGAGUUUUUUGUUUUCCUUUUUUUUUUUUUUUUUUCUAAUAAAAGUAACGGCUUUUCCAAUAAAUUGAUGGGUUUUAAAUUUUGCUGCUUUUUUUACAUAAAACUUGUGCCUUUCCUAGACAUCUAAGAGUAAAUGUAUUGUUGCAUGUAAAUUUGAAAGUUCAGGGGUCUGUUAUGAGAUGAUACAUGUUUUUAAAUGAACAGUAAUUUUUUCACUUAAGCUGUUCAGCUUUCAAAGUGUUUACAACCUUAGGCCUUAGCAUAUCUGUACUCAAAAAACAAUUAUUUUGUCAUUUCAUAAUAGGAAGAAAAUCUUUAUUUGGAAUAUACACUACUGUAAGUUUGUAUAAAUCAUAUACCUAAGACCUGUCUUUAAGAAAGCCUUAAUUACAUAAAAUGUAUUUAGAGGAAACAUUUAGUUCAAAUUUUGUGUCUGAACAUUGUUAUGUUAUAAAAAUGUUUAGUUGCAAAGACUGGGUAUAUGUUUUGUUUGUGUUUCGUUUUUUUUUUUUUAAAUGACCUGCUGUAUUUAAUAGGUGUACUAAAACUGUUAGAAUUAGAGACUUGGAAAUGUCUAACAGAGGUGUAGUUAAUUUAGUACUUCUGUUACAUGAGGUCUGAGCUAUGCUGGUGAGUGGCUUAAUAGGCUUGCUAGAAGUGGAAAGAACCCACUUCACCUACAUUCUUUAUGUGGAUAGGCAUUGCUCUCAGUGAUGUAUCUGUUGGCUCUCUUGUUACUUAUGCCAUGUAAGUGCAGGUUGGGACCUGGUCUUCCAAAAGUAGUAAAAUAAUAUACCCUUUUUUGCAGACCUUAUUCAGAGGGUUAAGAAUAUUACAGUAGCCUUUUACUUUUAAAACAGUUAAUAUUAGAGUCAGUGAAAUUGCCUCUUUGAGUUUAACCUCGAUAUUGUGAAAAUAAAUGUGAUUUGGAUUUCAUGUUAAUAUUCUUAUUUUACAAAUGGAUGGUUAAGAAAUUAUGCAUCAUAAAAGAACUUAAGUGAGCAAUAUUAUGAGUAUACUGUCUGCACACACAUUUGAGUAUAUUCUGUAUAGAGUGCUUAUUCAUAUUUUGCUUUUUGUUUUAUAGAGAUCUAGACUUCCUAUUAUGUGAUUGUUUAUUUGAAGCACAUCUUGCUAUUACCUUAUUUUUGUUGCCUUUAUUCCUGACAUCAAUGUCAAUAUGAGAAUGUGUAUGUUUUAUGCAACAAAGUUAAUAAAGAAGCUAAAAGAGUG